UAUACCACAAGACCAUGGCUUCUACCACCCACCAAUGCCUAUGGCUUAUACUUGCCUUGUUCUUCAUGGGCUUUUCCCCAAGAGAUGCGUCCCGCACCAUCGGCGACAGUCUGAUGGCCGCGAGGCACGCGCAAUGGAUGGUGCAGUAUGGGCGUGUGUACAAAGAUGCAGCAGAGAAGGAGCACCGCUUCCAGAUCUUCAAAGCCAACGUCGAUUACAUUGAAUCCACGAACCAAGCUGGGCAUCGCAAAUACAAGCUCAACAUCAACCAAUUUGCCGAUCUCACCACCGAGGAGUUCAGGGCUUCUCACACUGGAUUUAAGCCCAAGCCGAUGCGUGCCACAGGACAGAACUUCGGAUAUGCGAACGUAACCGACGUGCCUCCAAGCGUGGACUGGAGGAGUAAAGGAGCAGUAACUCCCGUCAAGGAUCAAGGCCAAUGUGGAUGUUGCUGGGCAUUUUCUGCCGUCGCGGCUACUGAAGGGAUCGCUCAGAUCAGCACUGGCAAAUUGACCUCCUUAUCAGAGCAACAACUUGUGGAUUGCGACAAGAAGAAUGGAGGAUGCGAUGGGGGCAUAAUGGAUGAUGCAUUUAAGUUCAUCAUCAGCAAUAAAGGCAUAACGACGGAAGCUAAUUAUCCUUACAUGGCGAAGGAUGGAACCUGCGACACCAAUAAAAGUUCAUCCGUUGCAGCCACCAUCAGCGGCUACGAAGACGUGCCUAGGAACAGCGAGUCAUCGCUCUUACAAGCAGUCGCAAAACAGCCCGUUUCCGUUGCCAUCGAGGGCAGUGGGAAAGACUUCCAGUUUUACUCCGGCGGCGUCUUCAUGGGUAAUUGCGGAACUGAUCUGGACCAUGCUGUCACUGUCGUGGGCUAUGGGAAGGCAACUGAUGGAACUAAGUAUUGGCUGCUCAAGAAUUCAUGGGGUACCACUUGGGGCGAAAACGGAUAUAUGAGGUUGCUCCGGGACAUCGACGCCGCAGAAGGUCUCUGUGGCAUUGCCAUGCAACCUUCUUAUCCAACCGCAUGAAUUGCAAAGGACGACAUCUCAUUAACGUACUACAUGGUUACUUAUAAUCUUGGCCUACAAUGAUUUCUCCAGUUCUGUCUAAAAUUGUAGCGCCAGCCUACUUUGCUUUGCAUCAAUGUCUGUCGUAUUAGCCAUCAUAUCUAGUGGCUGUUAGUGCAUUGAAAGUUCAAAUACUAUGCUUGGUUUUAUUUGUUUGUUGUAUCCAUAUGCCAUUUAGACAUGGAUGAUAUAUCAUGGACAGGGUCCACGUAAACCUUAUUGCUUCAAGAUAUUUUGCUUCUCUUCCUAUAACCUACAUGCUGAGUUCGACUCCACACGAUCAUCCCAUAAUAUCUCCGA